AUGGCUCAUCUACUUCGUGAGACCCGAGGCGCUAAGAAUUAUGAUAUCGAGCUUCAAGAGCGCCCACAGGCACCUCCAGUCACACACCCAGCUUCGAGACCUAAGAACACCAAGAAAUCGAAACAGUUUUAUCUCGACGGCAAGCCAGCUAAGAAAACGAUAAGCCAGAGCCUGCAGGCUGCAAUGGCAAAUGUCUUUGCUCUUUUUGUGGAUAUCUGCCUCCUUGGAAGCCUCGGAAUUGCCUACAACCAGAUUCUUUGGAGGCUCCUGCGCAAGAAGCCGUUCCAAGCCCAGGUGAUCGACAAGCUGGUUCAUCUCCCAGGGAGUCCAUGGGACUUGGUACAUUUCAAAAUACUGCGUCGAUCCGCGCACCUCAAGAGGGUUUGGGUAACUACCCUACUCUGUGCGAUGAUUCCCUUUGCAUUAAUUUUCCCCCCUGGUUGCAUCGAAACCAAGUUUCUGAACAAGCUCGAAACUACGCUCCAUGAUGUCAAGACAAUGAACAUCAGUGACUAUGGGAACGGGACGGUCCAGCAGUUCACAGAGCACUCACUUUUUGAGAUGGCCGGCGAUGUGAACUAUAUUCCGACGUCGGCUAGACCCAAACUUAAAGCCAUAGCUGCCCAGGUCCUAGCCUCAGGAGAACCCGUCAAGUUUGAUUCACCCUGUGGCACCUCGUGCGCCUACAACAUUUCCCUCGAGGGGCCCAGUUUUCACUGUGAGGAAUCUGAACAGAUACCCACAUCUUGUGGCAGUAUAUACGAAGCCAAGGACCUGGUAGAGGUCGGCGGGAAUGACGAUCGAUACUCUGUAUGGAACAACGCCUUCCAGAUAGCCUGGGACCCAAAGCCUAUCCCUAUUAGCUGUGACCUCGAGUCUCGCAAGAGCCUUGUCUGUCGCAUGAAAUUAUCAACCUACACGCUCGAAAUUGAACACUCGUCCGACGCGUCAAGGUCCAUCAAAGCCCAAGUCGAUAACCACAGGGAUGUGUGGACCGACCAGGCCUGGAUUCAGGGGAGUUUUUAUUAUUACUUUUUCAACGCCACAAGAGGAUUUCUAGACCCAGCUCUAGUGGAUGAACUUGACACCAAUUUUACAAACUCCCAAGCCUUUGCAAUUCGACAGGCAGCAAUACAUUCCCUCCAAGGCCAAAUACAGCUAUCAAUCGAGACUGACAUCUUGUCAAUCGAUGGAAACGCAUCACAGGUCGUGGGUAGCCCGUACAUCGGCCUCGACGACAAGUACAACGCCCGGUUCAACAUCUCUGCCGAGAACAUACAGCGCUUUCUCCGAGAUGUCGUCAUCUCGACGAUUUCCAUUGGCACUUCAACGCAUAAUGGGGACAUCGAGGCCCUUGUUGGAACUGAGGUGUACGUCUUCGGCGAAAAGUUACAAUUCUAUAUUUCUUACUGGAUGUGUUUCUACGUUACUUUCGUUAUUAAUCUUUACGGUGUCUGGUGCUGGCGCCAGAACGGGUCGUCUGCUGGGAAUAGCUUCCUCCAGUUUGCUACAACAACGGGUUCAAGUAAGACCUUGAAUGAGCUCGCUGCUCUGUGCCCCGGAGGAGAUGAUAAUGUAUCAAGAGAGCUGAAGGAACUUGAGCUGCAGUUUGUGGAAGGCAGGUUCUGCAGCAGAGGCGAAGGAGCAAACGAUCAAUGGGCCGAGGUGGUGGGGGUCACAGCGAGGGCAACCAUUUAG